GCUCAGCCUCCGACAGAGGCGGGAUGCAGCAGAGGAGGAGACCUUGUGUACCUGGUUUGAAGUCGCUGUCCGGAGUCAUCUUCCCUUCAAGUGUCUGAUUUGCCUCUUUAUUGUCUAGAUCAGAGAGUGUGUGAUAUGGUGGGAUCUCUAUAACCUGCUCUAUCUAAAAUACCCAAGAAAACAGAGGCAAGUUUAUUCUCCUCACAAAAAUGAGACCCUAACAAGGGAGGGGAGACCAACCCAUGGAGGUCUCUGUUGUCCUGGAGGGGAUCUGCUGCAUGGUAAGCCCAAAGCAGUGGAUCUGCACAGAACUAGUGUAACUGCUGGUGCCUUUUCCACCCUCCUCCUGGAAGAACCAGUGCUUAAAAACACCCUGUUUCCGAACCAGUUGUUGGGAAGCCCUAGCCUUGGGUGCUUAACCUAUAAAACCGGAUUUGCUCUAACGUGCUCCUCCCCUCCUACAUCUGGGGGUGCUGUUGCUCGUGGCUGGUAAAUGCGCUGUGGCUCCCGCAUGUAAAUCGUGCCCACUUUGUUUUCUGCCCUUGGAGGAGGAAAAUAAUCAAAUCCCGUUUCCUCUGCGAGCCCCACAACCGGUGCAACUUGUUAAUGCUCCUUUUACGGUUGCUGGGACUUCAGCUGAGCGGAGCUGCCCUUCCAUCCGCUGCCCUCUUUGUCUCGGUUGGAGCGUGGUAAUGGUGCCGAGAUGCCUGGAGCGGCUCUGGCUGUUGUUUUUACCCUUAAGCAAGUACCCCCAGACACUGGUAGAAGCCACCCGUGUGCGGGGCGAGGGGCUGCCCCCGAUCCGCGCCUUCCCCGCCCAUGCUCAUGCAUAUUCAGGCCGUGCCUCCCGCACGGCUCUCGCUGGUGCCGCUGCUCCCGGCGCAGGGCGGCAUGUCCGGCGCGCUGCGGGUGCUGGUGGACAUGGACGGCGUCGUGGCUGACUUCGAGGGCGCGGUGCUGCGGGGCUUCAGCGCCCGCUUCCCCGCGGAGCCCCGCGUGGAGCUGGCGGCACGGAGCGGCUUCUCGGUGCGGGAGCAGUACCGCGGCCUGCGCCGGGACCUGGCGGCUAAGGUAGCCAGUGUCUAUGAGUCCCCUGGCUUCUUUCUAGGGUUGGAUCCAAUUCCAGGAGCCCUUGAAGCAAUGCAGGAGAUGAUCCGCAUGGAGGACACCGAAGUCUUUAUCUGCACAAGUCCCCUUCAGAAGUACGAGCACUGCGUCCUGGAAAAGUAUAAGUGGGUAGAGAAACAUCUGGGACCUGAGUUUGUGGAGCGGAUUAUUCUAACCCGAGAUAAGACCGUCGUGUCUGCGGAUUUGCUGUUUGACGACAAGGACACCAUUACAGAGCACAGAAGGAGAGUGCCAUGAAUAAGGCAGCCGAGAUCAGGAAGAAGCUGGAGUUGUAGAAGACGUAGUGGAAAUCAUUAGUUAUAUCUACCAGGACACCUGAAAUAGAAGCCACAGCUUAGUCAAAGAGAAGAUGCACACUAAAGGCAACGGGGUGACAAUCACAUGAAUGUUAAACCUAAAUCACUCAGCAAACUGCCAUAUACAAAAGAUGAGCAUCCACAGGUGAGGUAAAUUCUCUUUAGAUUCCAGGGCUUGGUUGUGUUUUGUAGUCAUGACUCAAGUGAUGUUUGUGCUUUUGUAUCAGGUAGAUCACAAUACACAGAGAAAUCAAGGGGAAAAAAGGAAGUUGGGAGUUUUCCCCAACGUGCUGAUUCGUUUUGCUUACUCAGCAGAGGACCGUUGUGCCACUCACUGGAUCUUGGACUCGGUGACCCUGUUAUAUGCCAGGUCAGAAAACAGAACAAGUAAAUAGAGAAAUCUCUCCCAGAUGGACACGUUAGGGUCUCUAAACUGAAACCUUGUCUCUAAUAGUGUGUAAUCAGGGAGAAAGCAAUUCACAACACAGAAAGCAUCAUGACUAACAUUAAGUGCCUUCAGUAUAAAACAUUUAAAGUGUGACAUAUCAAAUGAGUAAUUUAACACUGAUGUUAGAGAUGGAAAGGUGAUACUUGGGUCAAAUGUAUGAUGCUUUCUGUAGGCUACUUAUUUACAUGGGAAUACUGGAGUACUGUUUGUUUGCUUGUAUUCUUCAGUAAAGACUGGUGAUGUUUCUUG